CAACCAACGAAUCAAAUUCAACUUGCGGAAAACAGGAAAGGGAAAAGAAACAAUAGACCCGACUGCGGCUCUCGUUUUUAUUUUUCUUUGGAAAAGGAAGACUAAGACUUCAACAUGGCGGAAUUACUGCCCUUGCAGGAUGACGAUGUCCAGAAACAAAAGCAAAAGAAAAAGCAUUCGACCAUGGUGGAUCCCGAAACAGGAAAGACCAUUCCCAUGAAGGACGGCAAACCUUGCCGCGUGUGCGUCGAUUUCAAGACUUGGUCCAAACUCGAAAAACAAAAAGCACAUAAAGAAGGCAAAGAAAAGCACGAUUCCACCACAUCCAAAGAUACCACAGCUGGCACCGUGGCAGCAGGUGCAACGGCGGCAGCGGCAGCGACAGCGGCUGGAAGUGGAACUGCCAAUGACAAGGCGGACAGCCAACAGCUGACUAAUGACGAAUGGCGCAAGCAAAACUGUCCGCCCGAUGUGGAAACGCUCGGCAAUGCCACUUGGACACUCUUACAUACCAUGGCGGCCUACUAUCCGGAGAAACCGGAACCCAAAGAAAAACAAAGCAUGAAAUCCUUUAUGUCUUCAUUUGCUGAACAUUAUCCAUGCUGGUUCUGCAAGAAUGAUUUCCAGAAAGCGAUGCAAAACGAACCUGUGGAUGUGGAAAGUCGUGAAUCUCUAAGUCAAUGGCUGUGCCGUCGUCAUAACGAAGUGAAUCAGAAGCUCAAUAAGCCAAAGUUUGAUUGUUCCAAAGUGUUUGAACGCUGGCUCAAUGGUCCCCCCGAUGGUCGAUGCGACUAAUGUAGAUUUUUUUAAAUUCUACUUGAAUUUUUUUUCUUUUGUAUAUAGACCGAUUCCCAUACUUUGGAAUGAUAAAAACCUACAAUGCCAUAGAAGGCGAAG